ACUAUAGCGCCCACAAUGUGUAACGGACACUCAGCAAGAACGAGCCAAGGCGGUUCCAUCGCAGUCCUUCGACCUUCUUCUCCCUCACAAAACCCAUCUUCGGAUUCCGAGAUCAAAGUCCUCUUCUCAAAUUCUUUUGCUACCUCACUCGACCAGCCAGGAACUCAAGUCCAGUUUCACGGACUGGAAACCAGCAAUUCCCAGCCAAGUUACCAUCACUGGCUUAUUAUACAUCGCGAUGGCAACCUCAACAAUUCGACUAAUCACUCUCUUCCUCCGGUCGAUCCUUUCUUUUCAUUCGCGCUUAACAGUCAGGAUGAUUCUGUCUUGCAACUGAACCGGACGCUGGAUCUCGGUGUGGGUGAAACGGGAAUCAUUGGGCGGAGGAUCUCAAUGAUGGCAGGAGAACAGAGAGGGGAAAGGGUCAUUGCCGAGGGAAUUAUUGGUUGGAAUUAG